AUGCUGUCGUGUUGCUGCCGUCUGCAUACCAACUUUUUAAUGAGGACAGAUAUAGCCGAGAUGGAGUGGCUUUUUGUCACAGUAGAGAGCUCACGGGAAGGAGGCCCUGAGUUGGACGGAAUGACGAGAAAGGAAAGGAUCGAAGUCACCGAAUUGGCUGACAAGGGGUUGGAGACCUAUUCCAAGCGGAUUCCGUUCCCGGCUAUGGCUAUAUUUGGCCAGAUGGAUACAGUAGCCCCACAGCUCGAUGGAGGGCUGAUUCUUUAG